AUGGCUGAAAAGCGAGUCGACGCUUCGAGUCCAAGCACGACUGGCGCGCGUGUCGAGCGAGCGUCUCGAGGCGUCGGCCCAGCAGGCGGCUCUUCUGUCGGUGGCAGCGGGUCCAGUCGCAACAACGUGGUGGUGAAAGUCGGUAUGGUGGGGGACGCCCAAGUGGGCAAGACGAGUCUCAUGGUGAAGUACGUGGAGGGCAAGUUCGACGAGGAUUAUAUCCACACGCUGGGCGUCAAUUUCAUGGAAAAGACCAUUGCGCUGCGUAAUACGGAAAUCACUUUCAGUAUCUGGGACUUGGGCGGCCACCGCGAGUUCAUUAGCAUGCUCCCGCUCGUGUGUAACGACGCCGUCGCGAUUUUGUUCAUGUUUGACCUCUCCCGAAAGGCGACGCUCACGAGUAUUAAGGAGUGGUACCGCCAAGUACGCUCGAUCAAUAAGAAUGCGUUUCCGUUCCUAGUCGGGAUGAAGUACGACCACUUUGCCAACUUUGCCAUGGAAGAACAAGAGGAAAUUACAAAACAGGCUCGCAAGUUUGCCAAGGCUAUGAAAGCGCCUCUUAUCUUCACGUCUGCGUCGCACUCGAUCAAUGUGCAAAAAGUGUUCAAGGUAGUGCUCAGCAAAGUGUUUGAUCUUAAGUGCACGGUCCCGAUUAUCGAUCGCGUUGGAGAUCCGAUCUUGCAGUACUAG